AAUGGAGGAACAGAGGCAGUGCCAAAAGCCCAGUGUGUGGAGUGUGGGCUAAUGCUGUCCAACGAAGCUCUCAAGCCCUCAAAACUACAGCGGCAUCUAGAGACCAAGCACCCGAUGCUCGUGGGAAAGCCGGUGGAAUAUUUUAGGAGGAAGGAAAUUGGGCUGCAGAUGCAGAAAAGGUCUGUCGUGUCACUGACAAGCAACUCUAAAUGUGCAUUGAAAGCCAGCUACCUCGUAGCCAGACGUGUGGCACAGAGUAAGAAAGCAUUCACCAUAGCAGAGGAGUUGAUUCUGCCUGCCGCUGUUGAUAUGUGCCGUGAGCUAAUCGGAGAGGCCGCCGCAAAAAAGCUGCUGACCAUCCCAUUCUCUAACGACACUGUGAGUCAUCGUAUCGCGGACAUGGCCUCAGACAUACAGCAUCAACUUACAGAAAGAAUAAAAAGUAGUCCUUUUUUUUCUUUGCAAUUAGACGAGUCCACGGAUGUCACGAAUGCUGCACUGCUGCUAGUUUUUGUUCGCUAUCGCUGGGACAGUAGUUUGCACGAAGACAUACUGUUUUGUGGAGAGCUACCAACACGAACUACGGCUCAGGAAUGUUUCCGCUGCAUGGAUAACUACUUCACUGAGAACGGCCUGGACUGGCAGAACUGUGUCGGGGUGUGCAGUGAUGGUGCAGCAUCAAUGACUGGCAAGCAUCAUGGUGUCAUUACACAGAUACUUGGUCGUGCACCAGAAGCAAAAUGGACACACUGUUUUCUCCACCGUGAAAGCCUUGCAGCAAAACAGAUGUCACCGGAUCUCCACCAGGUGAUGGAUGUAAGUGUGAAAACCAUAAACUUUAUUAAAAGCAAUGCUGUGAACUCCAGAUGUUUUGCUAAGCUUUGUGAGGACAUAGAAGCAGAUCAUGUCCAGCUGCUAUAUCACAGUGAAGUGAGAUGGCUCUCGAGAGGACUGGUCCUCAAUCGUUUGUUUGAACUGAGGAAUGAGGUGUUCUCUUUUCUCACUGAGAAAAAAUCUCAUCUUGCACAUUACUAUGCUGACACAAUGUUCACAGCAAAACUUGCCUACCUCUGUGACAUUUUUUCACUACUGAACCAACUGAACACCUCACUUCAAGGAAGAAACAGCAACAUAUUUUGUGUUGCAGACAAAGUUGAAGCUUUCAAGAGGAAACUUGCUUUGUGGACCAAGAGGGCCCAGGAAAAGAGGAUGGACAUGUUUCCACUUUUGUCUGACAUUUUGGAAAACUCCCCUCAGGUGAAGAUCAGUGACUCAGUCUCCCAGCACCUCUCCCAACUGGCAAAGAAAUUUGGUGACUACUUUCCUGAGGAUCCCAGAGAGGGAAACAUGUGGAUUUUGGACCCAUUUUCAGUGGAUUCCACUUUAAAUGAUGUUGCUUUGCCCUCACACCUGGAAUCCCAGCUUCUGGAUGUUUCUACUGACAGCACUUUAAAGCUGCAGUGGGGCAAACUGGACCUGGGCUCCUUCUGGAUUGCUGUCUCAAAGGAGUACCCAUGUCUUGCACUGAGGGCUGUGAAACUCCUUCUCCCAUUCACAACUACGUACCUGUGUGAAUCAGGAUUCUCCAUCGUGGCCACAACUAAGACCAAAGCCCGAAACAGACUCAGAGCAACUCUGGAGGCUACUCUGAGAGUGAGCCUUUCUCCCAUUCCACCCAGACUGGAUCUGAUUAUGUCUCAGAGGCAGGCCCAAGUGUCUCAUUAAGAGGUGAAGAUAAGAGGGAGUUGUAUUAUUGUUAGGGCUGGGCAACGAUUAAAAUAUUUAAUCGCGAUUAAU